AAAAAUAAUUAUAUAAGAAAUAGAGAAAUGCCAACUCUUCUUUUUUGCUAUUUAUAAAUAACAAAGUCUAAUCCGUUUACAGUUAACAACGAAGACUUUGCCCAUAGAUACUUCAGAAACCUUUCAAAACUAUCUAUUUCAAUUUCCUGUCCAAAGCCAAACUAACAAAAGAAAAAAACACCAUAGCCAUGGCUGUGAUGUCAAAGCAAGAUCCAUCACCUGCCUUUGUAGAGACAGUGCAAGAAAUCAUGAGACUUUACAGAUCACUUCCACCAAGGCCUUCCAUCGAAGAAGUUGAAGCAGCCAAGUCUGUUCUCCAAACUGUGGAAAAUGAAGAAAAACUCAAGCUUGAGGAAAUCUCAAAGGCACAAGCCGCUGAAGAUGUCCCUGAGGAACUCUUCUCUGUUCUGCAACAGGUGAGGAAGACCAUGGUGUUGUUUCAAAGCCAUGAGCAAAAAAAAGAGGCCCUUUUCUUGGUUGAAGCUGACAAGAUGUUUGAGACCUUUGAUGGGUUGAUUCAAAGGGCAUCUUUACUGGUUUCCGGGGGUACCCAGGAUGAGAAAGUGAGUACUUUUGGGGAACAGGUAAGGAAAUUUGAGAGAGAAAGUUUGAUCAGUGAUGACAGUUUGGAGAAGAGAAAGGAAGAUGGUGGUGAAUUAAAUAAAGAUGACGCAAAGGGUAUGGUUAGAAGUUCUUCUACAAAGGCUUCUUUCUUUUCAGGUGAAGAUAGCAGUGAAAAACUAAAUCUAAUGAAGACAGCAGCCCUUAUUGAAAAUACUGCUAGAAGUGGAGCAAUAGUUCUUGAUCUUAGGGGCAAGUUAAUGGACCAGACGGAGUGGCUUCCCUUAUCAAUUGGGAAAUUGAAGGAUGUGAGUGAAAUGGACUUAUCUGAAAACCGUAUCAUGGCCCUGCCACCCUCCAUUGGUGGUCUUCAAGCCUUGACAAAGCUUGAUCUUCACUCUAACCAACUUAUUAACCUUCCUGAUUCAGUUGGGGAACUUGUCAACCUAAUAGAGCUUGAUCUCCAUGCAAACAGGUUAAAGUCAUUGCCAGCUUCUUUUGGGAACUUGACAAACCUCAUGAAUCUAGAUUUGAGUUCAAAUGGGUACACCCAUUUGCCAGAGACGAUUGGAAAUUUGACCUCUUUGAAGAGACUAAACGUGGAAACAAAUGACCUUGAAGAACUUCCAUACACAAUUGGAAAUUGCUCCUUAUUAUUGGAGUUAAUAUUAGAUUUUAAUCAGAUAAGGGCUCUUCCUGAGGCAAUUGGAAAGCUCGAAUGCUUGGAGAUUCUUACAGCACACUAUAACAGGCUCAAAGGGUUGCCAACAACGAUGGGUAACCUUUCCAAUUUAAAGGAGCUUGAUGUAAGCUUCAAUGAGAUUGAAUCCAUUCCUGAGAACCUGUGUUUUGCAGUAAGUAUCAAAAAAUUGAAUGUGGGGAAGAACUUUGCAGAUCUAAGAGCCUUGCCAAGAUCAAUUGGAAAUCUUGAGAUGCUUGAAGAGUUGGAUAUAAGUGACGACCAGAUCAGAGUUCUACCAGAUUCUUUCGGAUUAUUGUCAAAAUUGAGAGUUUUUCGUGCUGAUGAGACUCCAUUGGAAGUACCACCAAGAGAAGUAAUCAAAUUGGGUGCUCAGGCUGUUGUUCAGUUCAUGGCCGAUCUUGUUGCUAAGAGGGGUACGAAGUCUCCACCAGCAAAGAAGAAGAAGGGUUUUUGGUUCAGGGUUUGCUCAAUUUUUUGGCAUUUCCGGACUGCAAAUGCCAGGACCAUUUAACUGGUGAAUCACUACUCACAACAAUAAAUGUUUUCCUUAGCCUCUUGCACAUAGCUCGAAAUGUUUUGGUUUCUUUUCAAGAUUUGUUCUGCAUCAGUUAUAUUACUUGUAAAUUAUUUGUGGGAUUGCAGAGCUUUCUGCAGAUGGUCCAAUUACUUGGUUCAAAUUCAAGUGAAAUGAGAAACAUUGGUAUUGUAAAUC